AACCAUCUUCCUCUCCUGAAACCCUAAUAUCCAUACAUUCUUCAUUGCCAAAGCCUUGAAAACUACAGCAAUCUGAGAUAAUAACUUAGUUGUUAGAGGGAUAAGAGAAUUGAGGGUUCAGGGAUCAGGAAAAAUGAAGGGGUUGUUCAAAGCCAAACCUCGGACACCGGUUGAGAUGGUGCAGUACCUGCAUGAGCUUCUUCUUUUCGUCCACGGUAACACCGAGACCCGCGAAAAGAAACGAGCAGAGAAGAUUGCAGAACUGGAUAAAUUGCUAUUGGAUAUAAGAACUGUUCUUUUUGGGGAUGGACAAAUAGAGCCAAAUGCAGAAUCAUGUGCUCAAUUAACCAAAGAAUUCUUUCAAAAGGAUACGUUCCGACUUCUCAUCAGUUGUCUUCCAAGCUUGGAUUCUGGGGCCCGUCAAAAUGUUAUCCAUGUGAUUGCAAAUCUACAAAGACAAAAGGUGAAUUCGAAAGUAAUUGCUUCCGAGUAUCUGGGAAAUAACUUGGAUAUCAUGGAUACUUUGUUACCAGGUUAUGAAGACGGUGAUAUUGCAUGGACUUAUGGUUCAAUCUUAAGGGAGUGCAUCCGCCAUCAGAAUGUUGCUAGGUAUGUCUUGGAAUCAGACCAUAUGAAGAAGUUCUUUCAAUAUCUGCAGAAUCCAAAUUUUGACAUAGCAUCAGAUGUUCAAGCCACUUUUAAAGAGCUUUUGACAAGGCAUAAAUCUACUGUGGCUGAAUUCCUUUCUGCAAAUUAUGACUGGUUUUUCCAUGAAUACAACACCAAACUGCUGCAAUCGGAAAGUUACAUCACCAGACGACAUGCUGUGAAGCUCCUUGGAGAUAUGUUGUUAGAUCGCUCAAAUUCAGCUGUUAUGGUUCGUUACGUGACUUCCUUGGAACACAUGAGGAUCAUGAUGAAUCUUCUUAGGGAUUCAAACAAGACAAUAAAACUGGAUACAUUUCAUGUGUUCAAGCUGUUUGUUGCAAAUCAAAAUAAGCCUCCGGAGAUCCUCAGUGUCCUUGUCACAAAUAGAAGCAAACUUCUUCGAUUCUUUGGCGAAUUCAAUAUUGAUAAAGAGGAUGAUCAAUUUGAAGCCGACAAAUCUCAAAUCAUCAAAGAGAUUGCUACCUUGCAGCAACCCGCGGAUCGUUCAUGCCAUGAUUUAGAGUCUUUCUAAUGUUCCAUGUUAAUUUUGUCAUUCAUUCCUUCAUUUU